AUUAGCCAUCUGUCGGAUCUGCGAGCCUAUCGCCUUCAUGUCCAUCUUCCCCUACGUCUAUCGUAUGGUUGAAGCCUUCCAUGUGACGGACAACGACCGCAAGAUCGCCCUCUACGCCGGCAUGAUCACCUCCGCCUUCACCUUUGCCGAGUUUUCCGCCGGCAUGUUCUGGGGCCGCAUGAGCGACCGCAUCGGCCGCAAGCCCGUCCUGCUCAUGGGUCUGCUGGGCACCGCCCUCAGCAUGCUGCUCUUUGGCUUCGCCCCCAAUCUGGCCACUGCCAUGGUCGCCCGCGCCCUCGGCGGCUUGCUGAACGGCAACAUCGGCGUCCUGCAGACCACCGUCGCCGAGAUCGUCACCGUCAAGGAGCACCAGCCCCGCGCCUACUCCAUCAUGCCCUUUGUCUGGUGUUUGGGCUCCAUCAUCGGCCCCGCCAUGGGCGGUGCUCUCGCCCAGCCCUGCGACAACUAUUCCACCCUCUUCGCCCGCGGUUCCCUCUUCGACCGCUUCCCCUUCCUGCUGCCCAACCUCGUCUGUCUGGUCGUCCUCGCCUUCGGCCUCAUCAUCGGCUUUCUCUUUCUCGAGGAGACCCAUCCCGACCGCAAACACCGCCGCGACAUCGGCCUCGAAUGGGGCGCCUGCCUGCUGGACCGCUACUGGGGGUCCCGCCUCCAGUUGCCCGACCACUCUGAACCCCCUCUGCCGUCCGACGAGGCCUUUUUCGCCUACGGAGACCUGCCUCCUCCGGAGUACGAGCCAAGCGAGGCUGCCAAGCCGGAUGACGACGUCGAGGCGCACCUCAAGACCCAAAUUCCCGUCGGCAAGGCAUUCACCAAGCAGGUCAUCAUCAACAUCGUCGCCUACGGCAUUCUCGCCUACGUCUCCUUUGAUCAGUUGAUGCCCGUCUUCCUCAGCACCCCCCGGGCCGAAGACACCACCGUCCCCACCUCACUCCCCUUCCGAUUCACAGGCGGCCUGGCCCUCUCCACCAAGACGAUCGGGUUCAUGCUUGCCGUGCAAGGGGUGUACUCCAUGAUCGCGCAGCUGUGGUUCUUCCCCUGGGUGGUACGGCGGUUCGGUACCCUGCGUACAUUCCGCACGGUGCUCCUCGUCUGGCCGCCGCUGUACCUGGCCGUCCCCUACAUCAGUCUCCUGCCGACCCCCUUGCAGAUGCCCGCCGCGUACGCCGCCCUGAUCGCCAAAAUCACCCUGCACGUCAUCGCCUUCCCCGCGACAGCCAUCCUGCUCGCCAACGCCGCGGCUCCCCACCUCCUCGGCUCCAUCAACGGUGCCGCCGCGUCCACCGCCAGCUUGAGCCGCGCGUUUGGCCCGACGGUGACGGGCCUGCUGCACUCGCGUGGCUUGGAGAGCGGCUACUCCAUUCUCGCUUGGUGGGCGUGUGGAGCCGUGUGUUUCGCCGGCGCCGUGCAAAGCUUCUGGAUGGAAGAGACCGAGUCGGUGCGUUUCAGCGAAAAGAGUCCUGCCACGCAUACCUCGACUCUUGACACCGAGGAACAAGAACAGCAAGAACAACAACAAGAAGGAGAAGAAGAAGAAGAAGAAGAAGAAGAAGAAGAAGAAGAAGAAGAAGAAGAAGAAGAACGACGGCUUCUCACCCACAUGGCCGAGUACGAGUUUGAGCACGAUUUACACGAUACACACCCCACGACCGAGUUUCACUGAAGUUUUUUUUUUUUUUUUUUUUUUUUUUCCCUCUCUUUUUUUCCCCCCACUGCAUAGAUUUGAACGAUUUUCCCACAUGGAUUCGGAGCAUGGCGCAUCAUACUAAUAGACCAGAAACAUUCGCAUUUGGGCUUGCAUCGGCGGUUAUCUCUUUUGCGUUUCAUUCUAUCUCUGUUCUCUUCUCUUUCUCUAUUAGAGUCUAUCUACCAGCAUUACGGAGUACUUGAAGCCGCUUAUCAGUAGCCAAUAGAGACAGAAGUUAUACGGAGUUCGCAGACAGAAGACAGGGACGGGGAGGACGGAGUACAGGGAAUAUUGUAAUUGCACUCACUGUUGG